CUUCUCAUUUACAGACAAAAAGAUGAAACUCAUUGAUGAUGCAAUCUCUUAUUAUCGUGAAAAUACCUGUGUGAGAUUUGUUCCGAGAACUGAUGAAGAGUACUACAUAACGAUAUAUAAUGGAUCUAGAUGUACCUCAUACGUGGGAAAACAGGAGCUUGAUAAACAGCCACAGCCCUUAUCACUCACAGAUGGGUGUGAUUAUGUUGGUACAAUAAUGCAUGAAUUCAUGCAUGCACUUGGAUUCUAUCAUGAGCAUAGCAGAUCUGAUAGAGAUGAAUAUGUUGAGAUCCGCUUAGAAAACGCAGAUGAAAAGAUGCAUGGACAAUUUUUUAAAUUAUCGAAAGCUUUAGAAGUUCGUUAUACUGGAUAUGACUACGACUCCAUCAUGACUUAUGGCAGCAAAUCAUUUUCCAAUAAUGGCAAAGAUACUAUUGUACCCUUACAAAAGGGCGUGGUUCUUGUAGAUGCCUUUAAGAAAUUUAAGAUGACAAAAUCUGACUUAAAAAGAGUCAACAGAAUGUACAAGUGCCAAGUUUAAAUAAUGUUAAUCUUCAUGUACUGCUUAUGAAAGAAAAAUAAAUUGUUAUA